UAAUACAGUUUAGUUAGUUGACUAACUGAAAAGCGUGCUAACGUAUCUUCUAGCACCCGUUUGCCCCGUCUGUACUCGUUAAAUAUUCGUGGAUAUGUUGCUGUUAAACAAAAUUUUUCUAGCUUUAAUGCCAUUAUUGGCACAUCAAGUGUUGGCGAAAUUUCCUGAGGAUCCCAAGGCAUGCAAAUAUGGCGACAAAACUUGUAUAAUGAGCACUAUCGAAUACCUGAUGCGAGAAAAAUCCCAAGGGUUUCCUUCGCUUAAUUUGGCUAAGACUGAUCCACUGAGAAUUGCCAAAAUCGUUAUGAAACAAGGCGCUGAAAGUCCCGUUAAUAUUGACCUCACCUUCACCAAUAAUGACUUAUACGGUUUUAGUGGAGUAAAAAUGAUUGACUUGAAGGGUUUCGGCAAGGAUUUGACCACAAAACACGAUCUAAUUUUUUCUGCUCCCAUCCUCAGCUUGGUAGGAGAUUACUCAAUUAAGGGACGCGUAUUAAUACUGCCUAUCACUGGCACAGGCACGAGCAAUAUUACAAUGCUUAACUCUAAAAUUCGGAUUCAGUUUGCUGGCACUCCAGUGGAAAAACCGGACGGCAUCCAUAUGAGUGUGAAGUCGGCGCGUUUGAGUGUGGAUCCGUCAAGAAUGAUUUUCAAUUUUGGCAAUCUUUUCAAUGGUGACAAACAGCUGGGUGACACGAUGAACGUCUUCUUGAAUGAAAACUGGAAGGAGAUAUAUCAAGAAGUGCGUGCAACUUUUACAAACGCGUUUUCUCAAAUCUUCACAAGCGUCAUUGAUAAUGUUUUCAGCAUUUAUCCUUAUGACAAAUACUUUUCGGAAUAAAAAAAAUAAAAAUAAAAAUCUAGUA